AUGGCUGAAAGGAGAAUUCAGCUUGUGUUAGUACUGAAUCAUGUCACUGGAGGUACAGAGAAGGUAAAUGCGGUGAAUUACUUGACUAAACCACCUCCCCCAGCGGAUGAGUAUUAUUAUAAAGAGGAUACUUAUGAAGUGAAUGAUGAGACGGGGGUCGCUACUCGAGGAGGUAAGCAAACUGUUGAUCCACCUAUACCAUCUGUGGUAGAAGAUGAGAUGAGAAAAGACAAAGAGGUGGUGGAAACUAGUGAUGAAUUGGUGGACAAAAUGAUGAAAGAAAUAGAGGUACCUCAGAAAUUGGUCCCUUUUCGUAGACCUCCACCACCAUUCCCUCAAAGAUUGGUGAAGAAUACUGAGGAUGGUAACUACCGACGUUUUAUCACUAUGUUGAAACAAUUUUGCAUCAUUGUCCCUUUGAUAGAAGCUUUGGAACAAAUGCCUAGUUAUGCUAAAUUUAUGAAGGAUAUGGUGGAGUUUGAGGUUCCUAUCAUUCUUGGAAGGUUGUUCCGUUCCACUGGUCAUGCCUUUGUUGCUAUGGAGAAAGGGAAGAUGAAGUUUAGGUUGAACAAUGAAGGAGCAACAUUCAAUAUUUGUAGGCCAAUGAAGCAGAGUGAUGAACUCCAAAUGGUAUCUGCUAUAUCCUAUUAG